AUGCGCAUCAACAACGAGCUAGCAACCAAGUUUUCGGCUUCGACUGUCCAUUUGGAACAUAUCACAACAGCUUUGAAUUGCCUGACACCUUUUGGCGCGAAAGACGAUGUACUUAUAUUUAUUGAUGCAGAUGGCCUGUCGUUUGUAAGGGAGAACAACCAUGUUAUAAAAAUACAAUUACUACUAUCCCGAGAGUUGUUUAUGUCUUAUUCGUAUAGGAAUGAAACUGAAGAUCAUAUGAAACUGUGUGUAAAAAUAAAUCAUAUUUUAGACAGUGUUAGUGUGAUGAAUAGAAACUCAGAUGAUAUUGUAGAGUGCACUUUAUCGUACGAUGGACAUGGAUCCCCAUUUGUGCUCAUAUUUGAGGAUUCGUUCAUAUCCGAGAGAGUGGAGUACUCAACUUAUUUAAUAAAGGACUUUGAUACAAAUGGAUUAGAACUUGAUAGAGAGAGCAUAAGCUUUGAGGCGAUCAUUAAAGGUGAAGCUCUUUAUUCAGCAUUGAAGGACUUGAAAGAAAUCGGUUGCAAAGAAUGCUAUGUUUAUGCGAAGACUGACGCAAACAAUGAUAACGUAUUUGCACUAAUAUCCAAAUCACAGCUAGGCUUUUCAAAGAUUAAAUUACCAAGCAACAGGUCAAUACUGGAGAAAUUACAAGUUUUUGAUGGCGAUUCCACAACCGUAUUAGACGGGUCCGCUGUAAUUGGGUUCUUUGAUUUUACUUCAUUUGAUAAGAUUAGAAAGAGUACUAAGAUUGCAAGUAAAGUACUCUUUAGAAUGGAUGUUCAUGGCGUAUUAAGUGUAAAUAUUUUAAGCCAAACAGACGAUGUGAUUAUCACAGAUACCGCAAGACCGUCAAACAGUCGAUUGGUUACUGGUGUCGGCCAACUGCAAUUGCCAAAGGAUUAUCCUGGUAUAGUUAUUGAGGUUUGUAUGUUGGAGAAAGAAUCUAUUGACGAAGUAGCGCAGACGGAAAUAGAGCUUCUGAUGGAGACUAAUGAACUUGGUAAUUAUAACAAUUCUAAAAAAUUCACCCCAAAUAAGAGGUAUGCUGCUGCAUUUGGGAAUAACGAAGGCUCCGAUGAGAACUUACUGCAACUAAAUGGCAAAAAAGUAAAAUUACCACCGGAAGAUAUAAGUGAUAAAAAGAACGAUAGCGAUCAAGAAAACAACUACACAUAUCCAACCAACGACAUUCCUUUGUUCUUUUAA